UAGGAAGGAAGUGGUGGUCUGAUGGCCGACGGCCGACGGCCUCCAUCACCGCAUCUUCGUCCUCUAAUUUAAAAGUCGAGGUUAUCUCCUCUCCUUCUCUUCUUUUUCCCUCAAACCACAUCUCCUCUUCUCUCAACCUUCUCCCCUUUUACGUAUAUUUUCUUAUAUCUUCUUCUUACGUGGAAUUAUUGUGUUUUUCUUUCAACAUGGCCACCACAAAUGAUUUUCCCGCCGGCGACGUCAACAGCUAUGACUAUAUCAUCGUUGGAGGUGGCACGGCAGGCUGUGUCAUUGCCAGCCGCCUGGCGCAGUACUUGCCUAACAAGCGCAUCCUUGUCAUCGAGGGUGGUCCCAGCGACUUCAACGAUGACCGGGUUCUCAAUUUGAGAGAGUGGCUUAAUUUGCUGGGGGGCGAGUUGGACUACGACUAUCCCACUACCGAGCAGCCCAUGGGUAACAGCCAUAUCCGUCAUUCGCGCGCUAAAGUACUGGGUGGCUGCUCCAGCCACAAUACCCUGAUCUCUUUCCGUCCUUUCGAAUAUGAUUGCCAGAGGUGGGAACAGCAAGGUUGCAAGGGCUGGUCCUUUGAGACCUUUACCCGCGUGUUGGACAACCUCCGCAACACCGUUCAGCCGGUUCACGCUCGUCACCGCAACCAGCUCUGUAAGGACUGGGUUGAGGCUUGCUCCACUGCCAUGAACAUCCCCAUUAUUCCUGACUUCAACAAAGAGAUCCGUCUGAAUGGUAAGCUUACUGAGGGUGUUGGAUUCUUCAACGUUUCUUAUAACCCGGACGACGGCCGCCGCAGCAGCGCCAGCGUCGCUUAUAUCCAUCCCAUCCUGCGUGGUGAGGAGAAGCGCCCUAACCUGACUAUUCUAACCAACGCUUGGGUAUCCCGCGUGAACGUUGAAGGGGACGCUGUUACCGGUGUCAAUUUGACCUUACAGUCGGGCGCCAAGCACACCCUGCGGGCCAAGAAGGAGACCAUCUUGUGUGCCGGUGCUGUAGAUACUCCUCGCCUAAUGCUGCUCUCUGGGUUGGGUCCUCAGAAUCAGCUGAGCUCCUUGGGAAUUGAGGUGGUUAGGGAUAUCCCCGGUGUCGGUGAAAAUCUCCUGGACCACCCGGAGACUAUCAUUAUGUGGGAGCUCAACCGCCCUGUGCCUCCCAACCAAACUACUAUGGACUCCGAUGCUGGCAUCUUCCUGCGUCGCGAACUUCCUAACGCCGCUGGUUCUGAUGGCCGUAGCGCCGACGUUAUGAUGCACUGCUACCAAAUCCCCUUCGAUCUCAACACCAGUCGCCUCGGAUACGAUGCUCCUGUUAAUGCUUUCUGCAUGACUCCCAACAUUCCUCGCCCUCGCUCCCGUGGCCGUAUCUACCUGACCUCAGCUGACCCCAAUGUGAAGCCAGCUUUGGAUUUCCGUUAUUUCACCGACCCUGAGGGUUAUGAUGCUGCCACCAUCGUCGCCGGUCUUAAGGCGGCACGUGAGAUUGCCCAACAGGCUCCCUUUAAGGAUUGGAUCAAGCGUGAAGUUGCCCCCGGUCCCAAGAUCCAGACCGAUGAGGAGCUGUCCGAAUAUGGUCGCCGUGUGGCUCACACUGUCUACCACCCUGCUGGAACCACAAAGAUGGGUGAUGUUUAUCGUGAUCCUCUAGCAGUCGUUGACCCUCAGUUGAAGGUCCGUGGCCUGAAGAAUGUCCGUAUUGCUGACGCCGGUGUCUUCCCUGAGAUGCCCAGCAUCAACCCAAUGUUGACCGUACUGGCUAUCGGAGAGCGUGCUGCAGAGUUGAUUGCUGAAGAGGCUGGAUGGAAGCGCGAGCAGCCCCGUCUGUAAACGCUUGUUUUUGUCCUUUACUCGUGAGCCUCGCUCCUCUGCCAAGGCGACUAUGUAGGCAGUUGGGGGGGUUGGGGGUUGGGGGUUUAUCUAAGCGUCAUUAGAAGUACUCAGAUGUCGCACGAUUCAUGAUUUAUGUCCACAACAUCAAAUUGAGAAGACGAAAGAGGCAAAAAGGAAGGGGUGAGAUUCUACAAUCGCCACAUAUUGCACUGUUGGCAUGUUAAGAUGUGUUUAAAUGGAUAGGGCUAUUGUAUUCCCUAUCCCAUAUCUUGUAUUCCUGUACUUGUUCCUAUAAUUUUGAGCGAUCACAUUUUUAGCGCGUCUAGCGCCAUCGAACUCUAGAGAAAAUAUAUAAAGAUU